CCCAAGCACCCGCGCGCAACUCAAGCGCUAACCCGUGUACGCGACGCUCUCCUCGGCCCACGGACGACGUAGGACCCGCCGACGCCGGAGCCCCUUCCAGAGCUUUGGCCUGCCGACAUGUCGAGCGCUUUUCUAGCCGAACGAGAGCGACUUUAGGCGGCUUGCGUGCUUUCCUGCUGCCGCCGUCGCUGUUGCCGGAUACUUUGACUUCGUUUGAUUUGCUGGAGACGAGACAGAAACUCGGGACACGGACAAACAAGGCGGGCGAUCCUUGCUUGGGGAGGGGCCCUCGCGUCAGGCCAAGCUGCAGCAUCCCCGGGGCCGAGCGUCGGCUGCGGCGGCGGCGGCGGCAAGCCAGUGGGCCGAGCUGGGCGGCGCCGCGGUGAGCACGGCGGCGUGUAGCAUGAUGUCCUACCUCAAGCAGCCUCCCUACGCCGUCAACGGCCUGGGGCUGAGCGGGGCCGCCAUGGACCUGCUGCACCCUUCCGUGGGAUACCCGGCGACGCCGAGGAAGCAGCGUCGCGAGCGGACGACGUUCACGCGGUCUCAGCUGGACGUCCUGGAGGCUCUGUUCGCCAAGACCCGCUACCCGGAUAUCUUCAUGCGGGAGGAGGUGGCUCUCAAAAUCAACCUGCCCGAAUCCCGCGUCCAGGUGUGGUUCAAGAACCGCCGAGCCAAGUGCCGGCAGCAGCAGCAGAGCGGCGGCGGUACCAAGGCGCGGCCACCCAAGAAGAAGUCGUCCCCGGCCCGCGAGAGCACUGGUUCCGAAAGCAGCGGUCAGUUCACGCCGCCCGCCGUCUCCAGCGCCGGUUCCAGCUCUUCCUCGUCGGCGGCGUCCAAUCACGCGGCGCUGAGCAGCAGCACGGCCCCGUCCAUCAGCACCGUGUCGUCCAUCUGGAGCCCGGCCAUAUCUCCGGGCAACGCCCCGGCUCCGGCCGCCGCCCCCUCGACCGCCCCGCUCCCCGAGCCCGGCCCGCCCUCCAACGCCUCCUGCAUGCAGCGAUCCGUGUCGGGCUCGGCCGCCGCCUCCUACCCCAUUUCCUACAACCAGACGACGGGUUACGGGCAGGGCUACCCGGCCCCCUCCGGCUCCUACUUUGGGGGCGUAGACUGCGGCUCCUACCUGACACCCAUGCACUCCCACCACCACCAGCUCAGCCCCAUGGCCGCCUCUUCCAUGUCCGCGCACCCGCACCACCACAUCGGCCAGUCCUCGGGACACCCGCACCACCACCACCCGCACCAUCACCAUCACCCGCACCAGGCCUACGGCGGCUCCGGACUGGCCUUCAACUCAUCCGACUGCCUGGAUUACAAAGAGCAGACGGCCGCUUCGUCCUGGAAACUCAACUUCAAUGCCUCGGACUGCUUGGACUAUAAAGACCAGACCUCCUGGAGGUUCCAAGUUUUGUGAUUGAUGACUUUUUGCUACAACACUCACAAGCAAAGAUCCGGAGUGUGUUGCACCAGGUUCCUGAGCCAGAAUGCAAAAUUCAAGGAGCUGGGGUAAUCUGGUUCCCGUUUGCGAACUGUAACUCUCAGAGCUAGAGCGCUCGAGAGUCGUAACACUGUGGCUCCGAGAAUUCUAGGACUGGAGAGUUUUCCGGUCUGGAGCCAAAGUGUACCAUGUUCCGAAUGCCUCAACUCCUGUAAUGUUCAUGAGUUGGCACUCUCGGAACCAGAGGUGGCAAUGAGAGUUCAGACUCGACAAUAUCCAGGAACCUUUGGGAGACACUCUGGUUCCUGAAAAACACUAAGCUCCAGACCAGGAAUUCUCGGAUCCAGAGUGUUCCGUGCUCUGAUAUUUGUGAGCAGGAACUCUCGAAGCUUCAGGAAGUUAAGGCAGAACUGUCAGAGCCCAAACACAGCUCCGAAAUUUUCUUGGAGGCCUAGUGUUUCAAACGUUUGUAAGCCGUGUAUUUUGGAACUCUCGAGACUUGAAGAAAAUGACGAACUUUUUUUUUUUUUUUAAGGGUAUGGGGUGGCGACGACAACCAGAAAGCUGUAAGGAAUAUCAAUCAAAAGCCCCUUGUCACACCCCUUUUUGUUUGUUUUCUUUUUAGAGAAAAUUUUUAGUCAGCAGUUGAGCUGAAAGCGUGUAAAUAUGUAUUUGGGUCAGUUCCAGUGACCGCCUUUAGAUGGUGUUUUUUGCAACUCUUUAUUACACAUGGGAGGGAAGAAAAAUACAGAAGAAAAAAAUGUAAAUGUUUCCAAAGAGAUCAAAUUGUCCCCCACUGGAAAAAGGUCAAGUUUUAGCUACCACGGUUUUGUUUUACUAUGAACAAAAAAGAUGUUUUAGAAUCUCAAAUUACAAAGCAGGGAGAUUUUCCCCGAGAAGAUGGAAGGAUUCCACUUUCAGCUUUUUUUUUGUUUUGUUUUUUCGGGCUUUGUGGUGAUGUUUGAACACAGCACUUGGCAAAAACAUUCUGCUAAUCAUCACUUUGGGAGCCAACGGAACCACUUUUUCACUUGCGCUGAGAUGUUGAAUGUAUUUCCACCCCUCCAAAAAAGGCAAGAAGCACCCUCACUUUCAUGUUCAUCCAAUAAAGAUCCCUUCAGUCAUGUUAAUGUCUUUCCAACUUGAAUUUAUUCAUCAAUACGACGCGUUGACCUUUAAUCAUUCUCUCAGUGUCUGAUGAACAGACGGCUAAUACAGUACUGGCCAAAAGUUUCUCAUCCGUGCGUUUUCUUUAUUUUCAUGACUACAGUGGUACCUCGACAUACUAUCUUUUCGACAUCCGACGUAAAAUUUGACUCUCCAUUUGUUUCGAUAUCCGACGACAUGCUCGAAAUAUGACUACGUGACAGCGCUGCAAAAGGGGGAGAAAAUCAACACAGGUUCCAAGAAGGUUAGUGCAGGUGGUGAAAAAGGAAAAAGGUGACGCUAACAAUUGAAAUGAAGAUGGAAAUGAUAGAAAAAUAUGAGCGUGGGCUGCGCAUCCGUGAACUGGCUCAACAAUACGACCGUACAGUCCCUGACAAAAGUCUUGUCGCGUAUUCAUUUUGUAG